GUUUCUCCUAAAUGCCCUGGCACCGCCAAAGACAUCUGCGCGGGCGGGGGCGGAAUGAAUUUCUUUUCGUGCGGCUGCAGGGCGCUGCUGCGUGAACUUAGUGGGCUGCCGUCUUUUUCUUCCUUCCCUCUCCCUGCUCUCACUCGCUGCGCCGCACCCCACCGCGCCCCCCAUUUCUCUCUCUGUUUCUUCCUCUUCGCUGCCUCGCAGCCCACUGGCUCUGCUGCGACGCUACUGCCACCACCACCACCGCUGUUUUUACGGAUGGCGCUGACGGUGCGGCGCCGUGCGGUGUGCGCCCUGGCGCUCCUCGCGCUGCUCUGCGGCUGCUGCGCCUCGUUUGUGUGCGGUGCGAAUGCUGGGGAGGUGAAUGUGUUUUUGGAGGUGUCGUGCCCGGACACCGGCAACAAGUUGCGUUGGCGCGUCGCCGGUGAGAAAACGUGGCAGGCGUGUUCAUUCGGUAUGGAUGAUGUGCUUGGUUUCAGUGGAAAGUUGGACAGCCCGAGUGAUUCCGUGUGCGCCUGGGCCGUGUUUAUGUACCCGGCGCCCGUCCGCCGUCACGGGCGCAGUGGAUCCGCAGCAGCGGACACUGUUGCCUUGACGCUGCAGUGCGGGACGGAUAUCAACAGCGAAGUGUACAAGCGGUGGCUAAUCGCAAAUAAAAGUACCGCCGAACAAAUUGCUGCUGUUGCGAGCAGCGAUUCACCUGGCACGCUAACGGGCUGCGCCACGCAAACGUCCAGUGGGGAAGCAUGCGGAGAGGGGGAGGAGGAGGAUGAGGAUGAGGAUGAGGGGGACCUUGAGGGGCCUGCAGAAGAGGGCACACCUGAAGAAGAAGCGGCUACUCAGUUGACGCAGGAAGCAGACCGAGAAGCAGGCGACGCCCCAACACUUUCUAAACUCACGCCCAACUCCGACACAGAGGAAGCAGAAGAGGCGGAGGAUGAAAAAGAAAAGGAGGAGGAAAAAAAGACAGAAGACAGUGGCGAUGCAUUGGCGUCCCCACCGUCGGCAGCGCCGGAUGCGGCCGAUGCUCCUCGCCCAGGCGCAACUGAGCAGGCCGUCGGUGCGGAAACUUCUGAGCGGCAACGAGGGCCCUCGCCUCCCGCAGACGGUGCAGGCACGGCGGGCCCGGUGGGUGACGCGUCUGUGCAGAGUGGGCCCAUGGAUGACGGCCAGGCGCAGCAGACCCCUCCGUCGCACGCGCCAGAGGCCGUUGGCGGCGUGCCGUCUGCUUCCGCCGCGCCCACCAGCGAGACGCCAAACGCUGCCGCCAAAGAAAAUGGCGCAGGCCCCCAAACUGCGGCGGACGCGGACGGCGGCCACGGGGCCCCCAGCAACGCCGCCACGGCACCCACGGCUCAGGCGCCUGGGCAGCCAGGCAGCCCGCCAACACGCGACGCUGCACCGCACUUAAGCAACAGCUCCGCUGCCUUCAAGAACAUGACAGGGCCGUUCCCGAUGAACACAGAGAGCGACGGCGCUGUGCGUGGGUGCGUGAAUUGGCUAUUGCUGCUUGCCCUGCUGGGGCUUUGUGGCGUCACGGCAGGCUUCUGA